GAUACAUAAGAAGCAAACUCUACUCUCAUCUGAGAGAACCAGACGGACAGCUUCCUUCAUUCCUUCACACUCUUCCACGAGCCUUACACCGCAUCUUCGGUUCACGAAGCACACACAAUGGCGACGAACAACCAGCAAAGACUUUAUGACAUCGUCCCAAUUCCCAACAAGGGUACUGGUGUCAUCGCAACCCAAGACAUCGCCAAAGGCACGCGCAUUAUGGCUGAAAAGCCACUCUUUAUCGUGCCUACUAAUGUCAUGGGAAAAGGCAACGACGUCGUGGAGAAGUACAUCGCUGAACAACUGAAGGGCCUCGACAAAGAUCAGCAACGUGCCUUCCUCAGCCUGCACAACUGCCACGGCACCAAGUUCAGGCCUUUCCUUGCCAUCUCCAAGACGAACAUGCUCGGUCUUGGCUCCCCGCCCGUCGGAGGCGGCCUUUUCACUGAAGCAUCACGUAUCAACCACGCUUGCAACCCCAACACGCAAAAUAGCUGGAAUGAACGCAUCAGCCGCGAAACCAUCCAUGCCGUCCGUGACAUCAAGAAAGGGGAGGAGAUCACCAUCUCUUACAUCGGACACUUCGCGGCGUAUGACGAGCGUCAGUCCAUUCUCAAGAACAAGUUCAACUUUGACUGCGCAUGCGAGCUGUGCUCAUUGCCAUCCGGCCAACGUAGGGCCAGCGACAUGAGGCUUACCACCAUCCAUACACUGGAUCAGGCUAUUCUCAGCGCCAGAAGCAACGUCAAAUUUGGACUUGAGAUGGUGCGCAAGAUGCUGUCACUGCUCGAAGAUGAGGGCACGUACAACAGCCAGGUGUACCGCGCGUACUAUGAUGCCUUCCAGAUGAUGGCUGCGAUUGAUGAUAAGGCGAGGGCUGGGGAGUUGAUUCGAAUGGCGUUGGAGCAUGCAAGAGCUGUCGAGGGUAAUGAUUCGGAGACUGUAAAGAGCUUUGAGCGCUUAGCUGCGAACCCGACGAAGCAUAUGGCGUGGGGAUUGUAUGGAAGGAAGAAGACGCAGGAGACGGCGCCCGCGGAUAAGGAUUCGGAAGGAUUUAGGACGUGGUUGUGGAUGGAGUAAAGUGUACCUUCCCUUUGAGAGCUAGCUAAUGCCAAUCGAACUUGGCCGGUUCUCUAUCGACUAUCGCUCCAAUGUCGCUACUUCCAAUAUCGCUGCUUCUAAUGUCGCUGCUUCCAAUGUCGCUACUUCCGGCAAUCGUAGUGUCACGGGGCGCGAGCAAGCACUAAGCUAAG